CCUGCUCCCUUCCUGCAGAAGCAAUUCCAUCAUUCACUUCCAAAUUUUCCUUAAUUCGUCCCCAUCCACUGAUUGAAUUAAAUCGAUCGAUCGAUCGAUCGAGCAAAAAUGACGACUCAUCAGCAGCACAGAUUAAUCCGACGGCUCCCCGCCGUCUCCGCGCUCCUCAGAAGAUCUUCUUGGCCACCUGACGAUGAUCGUCAUCGCAAAGAAGCGAAAAGCGCUUCUGCGCACCGUCUCGUUCCGCUGCUGCUGCUGCUGCUGCUUCUGCUGCUUCUGCUGCUGCUCUACGGCGCGAUUUUUCCACUAUCGAUACUCGCAUCGGAGUCCGAAAAUUAUAGUGGAAGAAGCAAAAACUUUAGUAAAUCCAUCAAGACCCACAUACCGGUGGAACAAAACAGGCUGCAGGCUCGCAAAGAGAAGCCCAACUUUUCGUCUUCGCAAAUUCCGUGCUCCAAACUUAUCAACGGUGAGAAGGACGAGACGAGCGCGCCGUGGAUGGACGCCGACGGCCUGCUAUGCUGCGACCGGAGCCACCACCGGACCGACGUCUGCUACAUGAGAGGCGACAUCCGGACGUUGCCCGGCUCCGGCUCUAUCUUCCUCCACAACGCGCGGCACGGCAGCACGGCGCCCGAGAAGAUCCGGCCCUACACCCGGAAAUUCGAGCACGAGAUCAUGCAAACCGUUCAGGAAUUCUCCCUCGUCCCCGUCCCCGCCAACGCCAGCACCCGCAGGCCGCGGUGCGACGUGACGCACCGCGGCGUCCCCGCGGUCGUGUUCUCGGCCGGGGGUUACACCGGGAACAUGUACCACGAAUUCAGCGACGGCUUGAUUCCGCUCUACGUGACUUCGCGGCGGUUCACGGCUGCGGCGGAGGGCGAGGUGGUGUUGGCGGUGGCGGAUUCCCGCCGGUGGUGGGCGUCGAAAUACCGGCAGGUGUUCAAGAGAAUGAGCAAGUAUAGAAUUGUCGACCUCGCGGCCGACCAGCGGGUGCACUGCUUCUCGGAGAUGAUCGUCGGGCUGCGGUUCCACGGCGAGCUCGUCAUCGACCCGCAGCAAAUGCCCAAUGGAGAGGGAAUUCAGGAUUUCCAGGCACUCCUCCGGCAGGCGUUCGACGGCCCGCCCCUGCUGCGAAAAUCGCGGCAGCGGCGACAGCAAGCUCCACUGCCGCCGCCGCCGCCGCCUCCCACCUUCGAACACAGCGAGCCUGCCGGACCGAGGAUCGUCAUCUUCGUCCGAAACCAAACCCGGGUGCUGCUGAACCUGCGAGAGGUCGUCGAGGCAUGCGAGGAGGCCGGGUUCCGGGCGCAGGUCGUCGACGCCAAGCAGCACACCCCGCUGGCGGCGAUCCACCGAGCCGUGGCAUCCUCCGACGCGCUGCUGGCGGUGCACGGCGCGGCGGUGACGCACUUCCUCUUCAUGCGCCCUCCGGCCGCGCUGCUCCAGAUCGUGCCGAUCGGGCUGGACUGGGCCGCCGACGCCUUCUACGGCGCGCCCGCGCGCAGGCUGGGGCUGGAGUACGUGGAGUACAAGGUGUCGGCGGAGGAGAGCUCGCUGUCGGACGAGUACGACCGCCGGAGCCCGGUGCUGGCGGACCCGAGCGCGGUGGCCGGCAGAGGGUGGUGGGAGAUGAAGAAGGUGUACAUGGACAAGCAGAAUGUGAGGGUGAACGUAAGCAGGUUCAGUGCGACGCUGCAGAGAGUGUACCGGCACGUGUGCGCACUGCAUCUGCAUGCAUGUGUGCGUGUGCAUGAUGUGCAUGCGAGUGUUUGAGUACGUAGUUGAUUGAUUCAAAUUCAUUGGUUGGUGAUGAUUCUGUAAGCACAAAAUGUUGUUUUUAGUUAGGAAAAAGAUUAGUGAUGUGAUUAGUUAGAGCCAAUUUUAGUAUCGAUCGGCAGGUUUUUUUUUUGUUAUUACAUUUUAUUAUUAUUUAAUGACUUCAAUUUGGGUUACUCAAAUAACAAAAGAAAAAUUCUUUCAA